GCCAUGGAGAGGAGGAGGAAGAUGGCGGGAGGGCGGCACUGAGGAGACCUCGGCGGCGGCGGAGGAGGAGAGAAGCUCAGCGCCGCGCCGCGCCGGGGCCCAUGUGGGGAGGAGUCGGAAUCGCUGUUGCCGCCGCCGCCGCUGCCGCCGCCUGUAACUGCUGGACCCGAGCGGGAGUGAGGGGGAAACGUCAGGAUGAAGUUCGCUGAGCACCUCUCCGCGCACAUCACUCCCGAGUGGAGGAAGCAAUACAUCCAGUAUGAGGCUUUCAAGGAUAUGUUGUAUUCAGCUCAGGACCAGGCACCUUCUGUGGAAGUUACAGAUGAGGACACAGUAAAGAGGUAUUUUGCCAAGUUUGAAGAGAAAUUUUUUCAAACCUGUGAAAAGGAACUUGCCAAAAUCAACACAUUUUAUUCAGAAAAGCUCGCAGAGGCUCAGCGCAGGUUUGCUACACUUCAGAAUGAGCUGCAGUCGUCACUGGAUGCGCAGAAAGAAAGCACUGGUGUCACUACGCUGCGACAGCGCAGAAAGCCAGUCUUCCACCUGUCCCACGAGGAACGUGUCCAACACAGGAAUAUUAAAGACCUUAAACUGGCCUUCAGCGAGUUCUACCUCAGUCUUAUCCUGCUGCAGAACUAUCAGAAUCUGAAUUUUACAGGGUUUCGAAAAAUCCUUAAAAAGCAUGACAAGAUCUUGGAAACAUCUCGUGGAGCAGAUUGGCGAGUAGCUCAUGUAGAAGUGGCCCCAUUUUAUACAUGCAAGAAAAUCAACCAGCUCAUCUCUGAAACUGAGGCCGUGGUGACCAAUGAACUUGAAGAUGGUGACAGACAAAAAGCUAUGAAGCGUUUACGUGUUCCCCCUUUGGGAGCUGCUCAGCCUGCACCAGCAUGGACUACUUUUAGAGUUGGCCUAUUUUGUGGAAUAUUCAUUGUAUUGAAUGUUACCCUUGUGCUUGCCGCUAUAUUUAAACUUGAAACAGAUAGAAGUAUAUGGCCCUUGAUAAGAAUCUAUCGGGGUGGCUUUCUUCUGAUUGAAUUCCUUUUCCUACUGGGCAUCAACACGUAUGGUUGGAGACAGGCUGGAGUAAAUCAUGUGCUCAUCUUUGAACUUAAUCCAAGAAGCAACUUGUCUCAUCAGCAUCUCUUUGAGAUUGCUGGAUUCCUUGGGAUAUUGUGGUGCCUGAGCCUUCUGGCUUGCUUCUUUGCUCCAAUUAGUGUCAUCCCCACAUACGUGUACCCACUCGCCCUUUAUGGAUUUAUGGUUUUCUUUCUUAUCAACCCCACCAAAACUUUCUAUUAUAAAUCCCGGUUUUGGCUGCUUAAACUUCUGUUUCGAGUAUUUACAGCCCCCUUCCAUAAGGUAGGCUUUGCUGAUUUCUGGCUGGCCGAUCAGCUGAACAGCCUGUCAGUCAUAUUGAUGGACCUGGAAUAUAUGAUCUGCUUCUACAGUUUUGAGCUCAGAUGGGAUGAAAGUGGGGGCCUGUUGCCAAAUACUUUACCAGAGCGAGAAAUUUGCCACAAAUACUCAUAUGGUGUGCGGGCCAUUGUUCAGUGCAUUCCCGCUUGGCUUCGCUUCAUCCAGUGCCUGCGCCGGUACCGAGACACUAAAAGGGCCUUUCCUCAUUUAGUUAAUGCUGGGAAAUACUCGACAACUUUCUUCAUGGUGACAUUUGCGGCCCUUUACAGCACUCACAAAGAACGAGAUCACUCAGACACCGUGGUGUUUUUUUACCUGUGGGUUGUCUUUUGUAUCAUCAGUUCCUGCUACACCCUCAUCUGGGACCUGAAGAUGGACUGGGGUCUCUUUGAUAAGAAUGCGGGAGAAAACACCUUCCUCCGAGAAGAGAUUGUGUACCCCCAAAAAGCCUAUUACUACUGUGCCAUCAUAGAGGAUGUGAUACUGCGCUUUGCUUGGACUAUCCAAAUCUCAAUUACCUCCACGACUUUGUUGCCUCAUUCUGGGGACAUCAUCGCUACUGUCUUUGCUCCCCUUGAGGUUUUCCGGCGAUUUGUGUGGAACUUCUUCCGCUUGGAGAACGAACAUCUGAAUAACUGUGGUGAAUUCCGUGCUGUGCGGGACAUCUCCGUGGCCCCUCUGAACGCUGACGAUCAGACACUUCUAGAGCAGAUGAUGGACCAGGAGGACGGAGUACGGAACCGCCAGAAGAACCGACCGUGGAAGAACAGCCAGAGCAUAUCCCUGCGCCGGCCUCACCUCACUUCUCAAUCCAAGACUCGUGACACUAAGGUAUUGAUAGAAGACACAGAUGAUGAAGCUAACACUUGAAUCCUCUGAAGUCUGGAUUAACACCCUUGGUUUUCCUACUCUACAACUCUUUCCUCGACCAACGCAACCUCCAGCACCUUUCCAGCCGAAAACAGGAGAAGACACGUGACACACUUUCCGAGCUCUUCCAGAUCGGAUCCUAUGGACUCCAAACAAGCUCACUGUGUUUCUUUUCUUUUGGUUUAAUUUUCAUUUUCUAUUUUUAAAACAAAUAUUUACUUCAUUUUGCCAAUCAGAGGACAUUUUAAGGAACAAAAACAGUAUCUUAUGGAUUGUUUACAACCACAAGGACACAGAUACCUAUCAGGAUGAAGAACACGCAUUGCAAGGACCCUCUGCUGGGACGGUACUGAGAUACUUUGGCUUCUGCUUGGCCCGGUUUUGACUGGUUGAAACCGGACAUGGUUUUUAAAUUUUUUGUCAGUGUAUGUGGAGAAUUUUUUCCUUUCCUUCAUACCCAGCGCAAAAGCACUGGCCGCACUUGCAGGAAAAGUGCAACUUAGAGCAGUACCUUCAUUCAUGAAGCUACUUUUUAAUUUGAUGUAACUUUUCUUAUUUGGGGGAGGGUUGCUGGGUGGGUGGGAAAUACGAUGUAUUUGUUACAUAUAGUUUUCUCAUUAUUUAUGAAACUUAACCAUAAAAGAAUGCUAUAACUCCUGUGCAAUGAAGGUGAUAACAGUGAAAGAAGAUGGGGAAACUAAUGUUGGACAGCGUUUAUGAGGGUUUAGUCCACAAUACCUCUUUCAUGAGACAACUUGCACCCGUUUGACCUUUUCUUUUCUUUCUUUUUAAUUUUAAGCCAAAGUUUUAUUACUGAUUUCUUAAGUUGCUGCUGCUUUAGAAUUCUGAGCAUGUCUCUAGUAACAAAGCAUCCACACACUUUCACACAGACGGCUGAAACGUAUCUAAGAGUUCUGAUACCUUUUGUCCCUUUAAGGGGCAGGUGUGGAAUAUGUAUGUAUUCCAACCGUAACAACUAAAAGUUAUGCCUUGUUAAGCUUCAGCAUGUAGAGUAAUUGAAAUAUAACCUUUACUAAUUCUAAAUUAGGAGACAAAGCUAUUUCAGAGACUCUACGCCCUCAUUGGAUAGCUUUUCUUCUGGGCUUACUUCCCUUAGCCAGAAUGUGAUCAAAUUAAGUCUAUCCUGGGGAAACCAUGUUUUUGAGAGCACAGAACAAAUUAGCUUUCCUCUUUCACAUCACACUGAUAAAACAGACCUUGGCAGCCAUUUCUCCCCACAGUUUUAAAGGAUAAACAUUGGAUUUCAUGCCAUCCUAUGAUACAAAGCCUGCUUUUAAAAUUUUCAGGGUCUGAGCUUGGUCAUACACAAAAAGCAUAUUUCUUAGACAUUUCAUACUAUCAUGGUCUGUACACAAUGCCCAUUUUCACUUUUUGUCUUACUUCUUUUGUGUGUUCCUAACCCUAACCCAAAUGAGCCCCAAAACUUCAAGGGAUUAUACUUUCUCGAAUGUGGUUGGCAUUAAAUUUAGCAUUUCAUUAUUUAACAAAAUUAAUAUAAAUACCAAGAAAAGUAAAAUAUAUUUUAAUCUUCCUUUCCCCCAGAUCUAGAUAAAGAUUCCAAAGUAGACAUCAGUGGAUUUGUGAAAUUAAAUUACUUCUAUCAUUGUCAGCUUAAUUUUAGACAAAGGAACAAAAAAGAGAAGAAGGGCAGCUAUUGUCACUUAGUCUUAAAAACAAAUGGCCACUGCCCCUUGAUACACUCUUCACCGUCAGCGUUUCUCCCACUCAGCCUGGUUAUAAUUUCAGGAGAUUACACUACAGUUACUCUUACUGCCAGAAUUCUGUCCAUUAACGGACAAAUAGUUUCUUUUUAAGGAAUUUCUUCCAUCUUUAUUCUGAAAAGCUUCUACAAUGUUCCCUUUCUGAAUAGAGGGUUUUUUUUGUUUUGUUUUUUUCUGAGAUAUCAUACAACUUUUUGGCUUUGAUUGCUUUGCUUUUUGUGUGUGUGUUUCACCAAGCAUGUCCCUUGUCCCAAAACUGAAGAGGAAAAGUUUAAUUACUGAGUUUUAUUUUUCAGUUUAAAUAAAUCGAAUCAUUUAUAAUAAUCAGUGGUAACAAGUUAUUGCCCCUUAAUAGAUUAAAGGUUUGCAUUAAUAAUACCUGAGAUUUUCUUCCUAACUAUUGUUUUUGUACUUUAAAACUAUGGGGGAAAUAAUACUGGUCUGUCAAGAAAUAGCAGUUAAUUAUUGCUGAGUUACAUAAAUAAGUCUGGUGGAUCAGUAAUUUCUUAUACAAAUAAAAUUGAUGGUACUAAUGUAUAUCCACAGCAGUUUGAAUGAUCAACUUCAUUCUUCAUUAGUAAACCUAUAUGAUGACACAUAAAAUCUUACAGAUGACUUCUGACAUAUUAACUAAGUAUGUCCCAUGGCCAAUCUGGUCUGUCUUCAACUGUUACGACUCUGGGCCCUAAUCAGUAUUAUUUAUUCAUAGGUAACAUAAUGUUAGAAUGUAUUUCUUUUCUGGUGUGCUUGUCCUAUUAGCUUAGUCUAUUCUGAAAUGAUAAGGCUUAUGUAACUUUCAGCUUACCAUGACAGACGCUUAAAUAUGUAUUCGAACACACACACACAGCUUGAUGUUCCUUCUAAAGCUGUAAAGAGAAAAGAGGGCUUUUCCUCAUCAGGAGGAAAUAGUUUUGGAGACAGAACAUACAUUUGAUUUUUUUCCUCCAUAAAAAGGCAGUGUGCAUUUUUCUCUCCUCAAUGUUUUAUGUCCUAGCAGUUGUGAAUGCUAUGGCCUACCUAAAAUUUUACUGGAGACUCCUGUGCAGUGAAGCGCUCAGUAGGACUCUUAGGAAGUGAAUAUCACAGAGUCACUUGAAAGGAACAGCAAUCUAACCAAAGGUAAAACUCCAUCUAAUUUUAGGUUUAGAAAAUCUAAUUGUAUUUUAUUUGAGAAUUUCACAAUUUCUGAUAGUUAAAAUACUCCCCAAAGGAACGUAAAGGAAGUAUAAGCAAAAGAAUAAAGUUCAUUUUUCAUUUUAUGAUAGGUAGUGUGGAAAGCAUUGACGUGUGUAGAGAAACUAGAAGGCAAAGGGGCUUAUUUUCUAUGCACAAAUGUGCACCUAUAUUUAAGGCUGCCUUGUGCCAUUAAAAUGGAAUAAUUGAUGAUUUUAUAUCAUACAGGGAGACAACAAAAUAAUCAAAGAUUAAUUAGGUUAUUAAUUAGAUUGUUCUUUAAGAUUGGAAAGAAGUUGAAAACCCAUUUGCAACUUUCUUUUCCAGCACCUACCAUUUUUCUCCCUAAGAAAGUGCUUCCGGUUCAGAAGCAGUGGUGUGAGAGAAUGCCAGCCACCUCGGCAGUAACGUAUAUGGACUCUUAAAGGAGGAAAAUGGGGCCCAGCCCCUAGGACGCAUGGCUUCCCAAUAUUCUCAACAUGAGAGUUCUAAGAAAUGAACCGAGAUUUUACUAGAAGUAAAAUCCACCAUGGUUUGACCGAAGUGCAUUCAUGAUAACUAGAGAAAGCAGUUCAUCCUUUCUUAUCAGGUAAACUAAUUCAGAUUAAGAAUCAAAGAAAAUAAACUGUUACUGAAUCAUACAGGCAUUAGUUAAAGAGAAAUCAAAUAAUCGUGGCGAUGGCAGAGAAGAGAGAGGAUGUUAGAACUUGGAAGCAGAUGCAGGGCAGCUAGGAAGGUCCAUGAGCUCAUGGCAUAGAGGUGAUUGAUGCCUUGCUGCCUCUCCCUCUAGUGGUUUUGCAGCUGGUAGAGACCUGCCCUUUUUUCCCUGCCAUCUUUUUCCAUUACUUUGCAUUAUUCAGGAAAUAGUUCUUUAUGCCAAAUGUAAUUUUCUAAGUAAUGACUAGAGAAAUUUCUUAGUCUAAGGAAAAUAAUUUAGAAAAUAACCUUAUCCAUGGCAUUAUUUUAUUCAAAAACUUAGAAUUCUCUAAAGUUAUUGCACUUUAUUUGGUAAACAAAUUCCAAGUUAUUUUCUUUAAUAAGACUGCAUAAAAUUUGCCUUUCUUAAAAAGUUAGUACUUCUUGCUAUAUAACAUUUAAAUUAUUUAAAUUAAGAUAGCUUCUCAGAUUUAAAAAAUAAUCAUGGUGAAUCUAUGGCUUUGUCAACUGCAGUAUCACCAGGCUUCUCCCUAAUCUAAGUAAAAAGUCAAUAUCAUUACAUUUAAGAUCUGUAGUCACUAGGUUAAGACAAUAAAAGUUCUGGUAGAACUUCAGAAAAAGUCAGGUGAAGGGUAAAUCAAAUUUAUCAGCUUAGUUCAUUUUCUGUUUAUGGUGCAUCUAAAUUUUAUUUUUGGCUUGUGAUGAUAAGCUGAAGCAAGGGGAGUUAAGGUGAGAUUUUAUAAAUUACUGGAACAUAUAUUUCUGCAUUUGAGUUAUCAGUGAUAGUAAAUCUUAAAAGCUAACUUACUGCAUUGAAUUUCAAUCUAUACAAUGUCAGAGCACAGUGGUAAUGUGGGAUAGAGUUGAUUAUAUUAAAGCAUAAGAAAUUUGUGCCCAUCAGUGCUACAAAACUAAUAAAUUGACUAGCACUAAACCACAUUCCACCCACCAAAUAUGAGAAAGUAAAAGCAUCUUCUUAGAUUUGGAAGAGCUUAAUUAAGCGCUGUGAGAAGUUUGGGAAUGGAGAGGAGCUUGCUAAUCGGAAUGGCUCAUAAUGCCUUUCUUGUAUGAACCCGCAAAACUCUUUUAUUGAGUUGCCCCUUAAAACAGCCUUCCAGAAUGCAUAGCUUACUUCUCGAGGAAGAGGAGGGGAGAGGGACAAGAUGAGAGUUUCCCCCGAAGAGGAUCAGUCUAGUAAUUCUCAUCUAACGUGUGUUUCCUUGUAGCAGACCUUUGGUUUAUUUUAUUAAAUCAAAGCCACCUUCAGUUUUUUUAUGGUGCCAUCAACCUAAGAAGGACAAUCAAAUAACCAGUUGUUUGCCUUUGAUUCAGUGUGUCUGCUAAUUACACAGUCUCAUCUGUAUACCUUCAACCCAGUUACUUGACUAAACUUCCACCAUAUUACCUUAGUUCUUCCUACACCCUUUCCUCUGUACCACCACCAAUCAGAAGGAGGAAGACUUAACUACCAGAAAGACAUGGACUUCUACGAAAGAGCAAGGAUUCCAUCUCACUAACCCUUUAUCAUGACCUCUGAAGUCCCCAUCCACACUCCCCUGAUUGUCCUGUAGCAACACCAGCGUGGUGGGAAUAAUCAGAAAGAUCGUGGGGAAUUUCAAAGGAGUAACUGAUCAUGACAUUGUUACUGUUUUGAACUAUAAAAAUGUGAGCCACUCAAUGUUUUCAAAAAGAACAGAACUCUUAAGCUUGAUCACAUUGCAAAGAUUAAUUUCUUGCUAUUUUCCAGAUUAGCACAGAAGCUUGUAUCAAUGAAGAGUAUUUAGGAGGGAAGUAGGGUGUAAAAUGUAUCUUUUUUUCAAACCCUCUUCCUCUACUCAUUUCCUUUCACCCCCUACCACAUUGUGUUGGUCAAAUGAUACUAUUCUAUGAAACCCUGAGCUAUAGUUGUCAAAAGUAACUAUGGAAUGUGAUUAGUCCUCUGUGGGUGCUUCUUUCCCUCUUUUUUUCUCCCUUUCUUUCUUACUCUCUCUACUCUGGUAAAUGGAAAAGGUGACGUCAAAGAAUUGAUGCUUGCUUGGACUCAUGUUGUAUCUGUGACUAUGCUGUUAGCUGUCUCCUUUUUCCUUAUAUGGGUAGAAUUCUUAUGAAGUAUGGAGUUCCCUUCUUGAUAAGUAGGUUAAAUGCACAAUGUGGUACUGUUUUAUAGUUUCUAGAUGGUUGUAUAAAGCAAAAACUUAAUGUGGUUAUGUGUUUUUAAAAGAAAAUAAGUGAUUGGUUAUAAAACUCUGUCCUUCUUUUCAUUAUUACAAGCUCUCCCUGUUUUCCAACA